AGAGUAUGUAUUUAUUGUACAGUUUUUCAUAUAGCAGCUAUAAACAACAAAAGUUAGUUAAGAAUUAGUAAAUAACCGUUGCCUUUUCAGGCAAAUUUAGCUAUUUUAACGUACUCAGCAUAGUGGAGAAUAGCAUAGCAUGAAACAAGUACUACUGUCUGUUCUUAUUAUUACAUUACUGUCAGAUAUCCCAAACGUGGUUGCGGACAGUCUGUUCAACUUGACUGGUGUUGUUGGAUCGACUUCGCCUUACUACACAUCACCCGGACAUCCAGGCAACAACCCUCAUAACCUUAACACUUACUAUAGAAUCAACGGUCGAAGCAGCUCCAAUGUCAUCACAGUUAGCUUCCCUUUCUUCCAAUUGGAGAAACAUAGACUUUGCAACUUCGACUCUUUAGCGAUAUACGAAGGCCCAACUACAACAGCUCGUUUGAUUGGAAAAUACUGCGGAACAAAAUCUUUCUUUACCGUCACUGGUCGUGGGCAAUACAUGUACAUGAACUACCGUACAGACCGAAAUAUACAUUCAAUAGGUUUCCGGUUUCGAUUUAGCAUCGCAGCCUCCAAUGCGCCAUCUUGCGACCAACUUUCGAUCGGAGGAGGACCAAACAGUGGGAACAUAACGUCACCGAACUACCCUUUAAAUUACCCCCACAAUACCGACUGCAGAUACCGAAUAAAUGCUGGAAGCGCAACACGUAUUAUUACUUUGUUAUUUACCGCGUUCAAUCUAGAAAGUCACAUCGAUUGCAAGUACGAUUUUGUAGAAGUUCACACUGGAUUUAAAGGGAACUGGUCUCCAACCUCUAAGAAAUACUGCGGUUCAGCUGUGCCAGCAAGACAAGUGAUAACCGGUCAACAAUAUGUUUACAUUCGGUUCUUUGCUGACCGAAGUGUGGCUAGAUCUGGGUUUCAGAUGCGUUACAUUAUUUCAGGCGGUGGUUCUUGUGAUCAGCUUCACCUUGGUGGAGAACCUGGCAGCAAUGGUGUGAUAUUUUCGCCAAAUCAUCCGAGCGAUUAUCCCAAAAACAUUAUGUGUCGGUAUAAAGUUAGCAGCUCCUGCCAUAAUAACACCAUUCAUUUCACUUUCAAUGCAUUCAAUAUAGAGCGCAAUGCACAAUGCCGGUGGGACUACGUUGAGAUGUUCAGCAACUGCACUGUUACUCCAGUGUCCCUUGGUAGAUAUUGUGGCUCAAAUGUACCCGACCCUAUUACUCGAAGAACAGCUUGUAUGUCAAUGAAGUUUAAAACGGAUUCAAGCGUAACCAUGAGCGGUUUCAACAUAACUUACACAAUAUCUGGUUCUUGCUACGGUUCAACUGGUGUCAUUUCAUCGCCAAGUUAUCCAAUGAACUACCCUAACUUCGCACAGAACAACUACGUUGUGAAGCCACCGAAUGCUACACUAAUUCGUCUAGGAUUCAAUGAUUUCGACAUGGAGGGCACCGAGUCUAACAACUGCAGAUUCGACAGUCUAACCAUUAGACAAGGCAAUGAAACCGGGCCGAUAUUAUCGAAAUUCUGUGGCUUUCUGGGAAGUUUUACGAGGGAAUAUGCAGCGACAAAAUUGACCUUGAUGUUCAAAACUGAUCGCUCGGUUACACGGAGGGGAUUCCAAUGUGUUUAUACGAAAGUGGAGUGAUUAAAAAGACAAAAAGGUACGAGUUUUGUUGACUUUACCGGUAUAAUAUGAACACAGCAAGUUCGAUACACCCAGUUUAUAACAUACAGAACAUCUCAAAUUUCUAGUGGGCAAUCAUCAACAACGUCCAGUGAGACGUAAUAGGGGAAAUGGAAUGUAAAACCCACACACAACCGAAUUGCGUAAUUUUGUUUUAUGUCUCGCCCUUAUUGUUGUUGCAAUAAAAUAUCCAUCGUUCUUUCAA